AUGGCAACCGUUUGCCAUACCGUUAGGGAGAUGUUUACACUCGCCACAGUGUCCAAUGAGUCCCAUCUCAGUCCAACUUUACUCCUUUACCUGGACUACGACUCCAAUGACAAUUCUUGGUCAAAGUCAGCUCAAAGAUCAAGAGACACGGUAGUAGUGGGUGUGAAGUGGUAAAAUGCGAUCUUAUGCAACCUGACGAAAGUCAAAGUGGAAGCCAGGGCUCAAAACACGGAUUCAAGGUUGUUUAUCUUCUAACUGAAUCUAGACUACAAAGCACAAAUACUUCAAUUUGGGAGAGAGAGAAAACGAAACCAAGCUCACCUCUUCCCUGAUCUGUCGCAUCAACCUAAGCCUCAUCAAGUCACGAGAACACGAAUCCUACGAACGCAGCGUGUGGACUUGUCCAAUGCUGCGCGUCUCAGUCAAGGCUCAGGUCUAACUAUGAGUCCAGAUUCAAUUGAGCUCAGGAAUGAGUGA